UUCAUGUCCCUGACCUGCCAGGAGCCGCUUUAGCACAUGGAUCCCAAAGGAGCAAGAGGUACCAGGAAGCGCCGCUGAUCUGCACAGAGCCCUUUGCCUGCUGCUGCCCCACAGGGAACAGGAGCCGCUUUAGGACAUGGAUCCCAAAGGAGCAAGAGGUGCCAGGAAGCGCCGCUGAUCUGCACAGAGCCCUUUGCCUGCUGCUGCCCCACAGGGAACAGGCAGCUGCUGAGGAGCCGCAUGGUCCAUCCCUGGAUUCUCCAAGCACUGACUGCCCAUCCACUCUGACCACAGCCAGGGGCCACAUCCCACUGCCUGCCCAGCGUCCAUCCAUGGAGGUGACCACCGUGUCCCCAUCUCCUGCCUCACCCCCUGAAGGAGAUGAUCUCUGUGAGACAGAUGCCACCAGUGUGGCCAUACACAGUGUGACCCUGCUCAUCUGCCUCUGUGGGCUGGCUGGGAACGGGGCUGUCAUCGGCCUCCUCAGCCUGAAAAGCCGUAACUAUCGCAUCUUUCGCCUGGCUGUCAUUGACUUCCUCUUCCUUCUCAUUGCGGUCACCUCCGCCCUCCUCUUCCUGGUGGAGGACGUGUCCUGUUCUCCUAUGCUGCCCGUGCUGUACCUGAGUUUCCUCUUCCAGCUCUCAGUGGUGUUCCUGUACUGGGGGCUGUACCAGCUGAUUUCCAGCAGCAAUGUGUUGUAUGUGGACAAGCUCUGCAAGCUCUGCUGCCGCUGGGAGCUUCCCAAGCGCCCGAUGUGGGUGGUGGGAAAUCUCCAAUACUGGGCCUUCUUUGCUCUCUUCACUCUCAUACCCACAGUGACAUUCCUGUGCCCAUCACACCAGCAGGAGCACUGCAGGGCAGCUCUCAUCUCCAUGAACACCAUCAUCCUGCUUCUCUUGGCUGCACCCGUGGCCAUUUCCAGCACAGUCGAUUUCAUUAAGGCCAAGUGGGGCUCCCAGCAGCAGCAACUCAAGGGGCGCGACAUCGUUAUCUUCAUCAUUGUGCUCUUCAUUUUCCUCGUCGCCAUAUGGAAUUUCCUGCAGCAGCUCGGUUAUAUUGUUGUGCCCUCCCAGGUUGUUUUCCUGCUCGCUUGCAUCCACAGCAUCAAACCCUUCAUCUACUUCUUGGUGGGCAGGUGCAGGAGGCCCUGCUCUGUGGGGUCCCUCCGACUCUCCCUCCAGAGGGUGUUUGAGGAGCCAAAAGAAAACACUGACCACAGCGAUGAUCCUGCCAUGGACACGGGGGUCUGGGCUGGCUGAUCCCAUCCACUGCUCUGCUGAAGGAUCCCAGGAAAGUGGCUGAGGGGCCGGCCUUGAGCCUCUUGAUUAAUCAAUAUCCAGAGUAUCACCCUCCCCAUGGUGCUGUAUUCCUGCAGGACAAAGGAGCACGGGCUUUGCCUUGGGUGAUUUUUGUGGGAUGCUCUGCAGGGAGCACAUUGCAGCAUGGCUUUCCUCCUCCCUCCUGGAUCCACAUGGCUCCAAGCAGUGCAGCUGGGCUCAGUGCUGUUCCCCAGCUCUAUUCCCCAUGGAAUCACCCUCAUGGCCUUGGCCCCAGGGAAUGAACUCCCUCUCCUUUGGCUAAGCAGAUGAGUUCCAUGGUGUUUUCAGGGAGCUCUUGCCUGCAAAGAAUGGGACACAUUCAUCCCUGGGGACACACCCAGCACAGGAUAGCAGUGAUUUCCUAAAUCCCUGCAGGGCUGGUGCCUCUGGAUGGCAGGAGAGGGGUUGGGAUCACAGGGAGCAUCCUUCCCCUUCUGUCCAGCAGAGCCAGCCCUGCAUUCCCAGCUGAUGGGAAGGGACACCAGGUAGGGCUGCAGAGCUGGGGAGGGACAGCAACAUUCCCUUAUCCUUUCCCUGGGAAUUUGUCACAUUCUUCAAUUCCAGAAUGGAAUCCUUCUGAGUAAAGUGCAGGGUCGAUAGGGAACUCCACUGAACUCCUGUGCCUGUAUCCAGAAAGUACAUGGAAUAUGGAAAUUCCCAUCACCAGAUGCUUGGGCCAUUUAAUUGCACAGAAAUUAGGGGGUUAUGCUGCUCUCCUGCAGAAUGGGGCCAUCCAUCCUCUGGUUCCCCAGCAUCAGUGUCCAGGGAAGCCCUUGAGCACCUCCAGCCUGAGCCUGGCCACCCUCAGGAGGAGCUGCACAGCCACUCUGCACAGCAGCUUCAGCCACAGUCCAGCCUGUCCUGAUCUUUGUCAUUCUGGAACCACCCCUCAAUCAGAUUUGGAUUCGUGGUUUUUGUUUGCCUCCAUCGGGGUAAUAUCCAACACAGAGUUUGUGGAAUAUACAACAACCAGGCUUCCCUGCAGAGCCUGUGGCUGUUAAACAGUGUCCAAAAUGGCUCAUUUCCUUCUUUGAUCCCAUUCCAAAGCCUCUGGCUGCUCUGGGAGCAGGGCAGCUACCUGUCUCAUACCAGAGCCCUUCCUAAGGCACGUGCCUGCAAUGGCUGGGAUGAUGUUGGCACUGCCAAGAGCUCCUGAUUCCUCCUGGGAGAGACCUGGGCAGCAGCCACAGCUCUUGCUCAGGGGGAAGUUGUCCCUCCUUUGCCCACUGCCUUAAAUCCAGGGGAAACCAAUGUGCCACUGCUUCUGGAAAGGGAAGCGAAAGCGAAAACCAUGUGUGGAGUCAGGCUUUGGAGACACACAUGAGGUUAAACAGCUAAGGAGCAUUUAUUAACAGAGUUGUUAAUAAUUAACAGAACAGACUUUGAUAUCUAAGAGGGUUUUUCUCUCUACCUGACUCCCAUUUCCUGUCCAUUGCAAAGACUUUCCAUGGUGGAAUCUCUUGCCCAGGGAAGAACAACUCAGCCAGGGCGUUUCUCCCAAGGCAAGUGCAGAAGGACCAUUCUACUUCCAUGUACUUUUUCUGCUUCCCAGCACCUUCCUUGUCUCCAGUGUCACCCAGGCCACUCCCUAUCUGAGCUUCCUUUCAAAAGAGCAAGACUUCAAAGCAAAAGCUUUCCUGGUUGUCCCUGCCCAUGGAAGAAGGAGAGAUGGAAUGAGAUGAUCUCUACUGUUCCUUCCAACCUGUCCUGGGGUGACUUUAUGAUGCUGAAUUGUGUCCCCAUUCAUCUGUUUAGCCCAGAAAUAGGUUUUGCCCAUUUCAGACUGGUUCUUGAGCAAAGAGGGGGAGAGCAGAUGCAGCAGUUUGUUUUCAGAAGCUGCGCUCACUCCUCCCCAUUCCUGCUCCCAGACCAUGCUGUCUGCAGCACAGACAUGCAACACACAGCUCUCCUUUGCUUUUGGUAUUUUUUAAACUAGCUGAGGCUGAGAAGAUCCCUGGACUGUUGCUUUCCUUUUGCUUGGAACUGUUCAAACCUGCUCUGGACUGAAAACCCAGAAGAGCACUGGGAGCUCACACCUGUGGCCCACCGGGGCCUGGGACGCGGCAUUUUCCAGCACAAGGGGGACUGAUAAGAGACUGAGUGAGCCAAACUACACUCCACAACAAGGACUUGCUGAAUUUGCCACCUCUGCAGAACACCAAGGGAUUUUAUUGUCUAAUAUUGUUUUCAUUUUUUUAUGCUUGUGAAUACUUUGCUUGUUAAAUAAACAGGUUUUUUCCA